GGCUGCACUGCUGACUUUUGUAAUUUUGUGUUAGUAGUUGUUAUAGUGCCAGUUUUCCUGUAUGUAUACCAAAUUUUAUUUAUAUAAGUGUCCUAGUUUUUGUAUUCUAUGAGGUUAAACAGAAAGUUUAGCUUUAUGCUUAUUAUUUGAGUACAAUUUACGGUUGAUUUUAACGAUAUGCCGGAGUUAUCAGAGAAUGUGAGCGAGGUCUCAGCUGACAACUCCCUACAGAGUAUCCCGGUUCCUCCAUCGCCGAGCCCUUCAACUACAAUCAAAUCUUCUAAUGAGAUUCUGUGUGAAUUGUUUGGCGCCUUCAACGCCACACCUCCUCCCUUGGAUGACAUCGUAUCUCAGAGCGUGUCUGCAGAAAAAAUCCAAAAGAAACAUAAAAAGCGUAGCAAGAAAAAACAUAAGAAAUUAAAAAAGAAACGCUCUUCAAGUUCAGAAUCAAAAACCAGCCGGGAGUCGAAGAAGAAGAGUAAAAAACAAAAAAAAGAGUCGAAAAAGAGUACCUCGGAUUCUGAAUCGUUUGAAAUCAGGAAAAAAAAGAAGAGAAAAUUAGGAAAAUUCAGUGAAGAUUCGGACAGUGAAGAUGAACCAAAAGCUAAGAAGAAGAAGAAAAAUGAUAAAGAGAAAAAACAUAAGAGUGAGAAAGUGAAAAUUAAACAAGAAAAGGAGGAACAUAGUUCCAGUAAGAAAAAUGUGGACCCUUUGAUCACGACAGUGCACGGUUCAAUUCAAGAAGAUAUUUUGAAGUAUGCUGUUAGUAAAAUUGUAGACAAAGUUAUUGACAGUACAAACCUGGCUUCAGAAAUUUUCUGUAAGAGCAUUGCAAAUGUUCAGGCUGCUAAAAAUCUGGAUGUUGAAUGUGCAAAAGUUCUUUCUAAACCGAUAAAACAGGAGCCAGGACUAGUUAGCCAUGUGUCUCCAACAGUGGUGGUUGAGAAAGCUAAAGAAACACCACCCACAGACCUCGCUAAACACUCUGAAGUAAGUCAUAUUGUGAAGUCUAUACCUGUGGCAGACGUCUUUGCAGAAGACCUUAUAGACUGUGGAAUAAAGAAGGAUGAGCUUAAAUCUCAACCAGAUAAAACCAGCGGCAAGAUAACCAUACCGAACCUAAAGUUCAGCCAAGUUUACCAGGCCACUGUACAAAAGAUCGAGGAGGAGGCCAAACUGAAGGCAGAGAAGUAUGAGGAAGGGGAGUUAUCGGAGACCAGCAGUGACCAAGAAAGGAGUCCCACACCCUCCAGUCACGGAUCACUAAAGGAAGAAAAAGAAGAAAAAAGGGACAGAGAGAGGCGACGUCACCACCACCAUCGAAGAGACAAACAUCGACAUCACGAGAGACAUCGAGAGAGGAGGAGAGACAGAUCUAGGAGUAGAGAGAAAAGCCACGGGUCACACUCUGACUCAAAAUAUAGACGUAGAGACAAACACAGCAGAGAGAAGGAGCGAAUUAGACAUCGUAGCAACAGUGACAGCAGAGAGAGAGAAAGAAUCAGACACCGCAGCGAUAGUGGCAGCAGAGAUAGAGAACGGACCAGAUACCGCAGCGACAGUGGUAGCAGAGAGAGAGAACGUACCAGACAUCGCAGUAACAGUAGUAGCAGAGAGAGAGAACGUACCAGGCACAGGCCAAGAUCAAAGUCCAGGGAUAGGACCAAACGCCCUUCUGAGGACAAAAUUGACAAACAGAAGCUGCUCGAGAUAGCCCGCAGGAACGCUCUCAAUAUGAUGAAGAACCCAUCGGGAGCUGCUGACCAGACCAAAGUGGCAAUCACAUCGGGUGGAAAGACUGUCAAUGAACUCACAGAUUUCUGCAAGCUACUAUCCAAGAAGGAUGCUGAUGGCCAUGAGUCUAUUAGCUCCAACACUUCACACUCAAGCGACAGUGAGUCGGAGAAACCGUUUCAUCAUCCCUUUCAGAUCAGGGACCGACCUAACAGCAUAGUGAUGAACAUCCGGAACUCAGUUGCUCUACCAGUUAAGUCUCACCAGGAGAAGACAGCAGAACAAUCAAGACAGCUGAGGCUACAGUUUCCUGUGUCAAGCGGUCAACACCACCGCAAGACUGGUAAGUCACUUGACAGCCUACUCUUGAUUCAGUUGACUGAAUCAACUGACUAGAAAGCUUUAUCUUGA